AGACUGUUCUGUUCAUCCCUAUCUUCUUCUUCUUCUAAUAAGAAAUCAGAUUUCCCUUCAAAAGACCUCGACAAGUAUCUCAUUGAUGGACAAAUGUACGCUCAUUUAUACAAAACUUUUUUGUUAUCCGACAAUGUAGCACAUUGGAAUGGAUUACUCUAAAGCACACAGUUUUAUUUAAAUCAAUAUAUAUAUACAAGCUUCGCAGUUAGCUCUGCCUCUGCUGUUGAAGAGCACUGCCAUGGCCUCAAACCAGCUGCUGAGAGCAAUUGGAGAUCCUAACCGAUUCUUCAAUGCCAUCAGAAGAUUCUUCUCUCACCAGCCAACUUCAACUACUCCUCCUUCAUCAGUUGAAUCAUCACCGUCUGAUAUUAGCAAGAGUGCUGACAAGAAAUCACAACCCGUUUCAUCUUUGAAUGAACUCGAGCUUGCUAAAUUCUCGGCCAUUGCUGACACCUGGUGGGAUCGCGAAGGGCCAUGUAAACCUUUGCAUGCGAUGAAUCCAACUAGACUUGCUUUUAUCUGCUCCACGCUUUGUCGACAUUUCAGGAAGGAUCCAAGCGUGGCUAGGCCUUUUGAAGGACUAAACAUUGUUGAUGUUGGUUGUGGUGGAGGAAUUCUUUGUGAGCCUUUAGUUCGAAUGGGAGCAACUGUAACUGGCAUUGAUGCUUUGGAGAAAAAUGUCAAGAUUGCACGCCUGCAUGCUGAUUUGGACCCAGUGACUUCAGCCAUUGAAUACUGUUGCACAACAGCUGAAAGUCUAGUUAAGGAGCAAAAGAUGUUUGAUGCUGUGAUUUCAUUGGAGGUAAUUGAGCACGUAGAAGAUCCUGCCGAAUUCUGCAAGACUCUGGCAGCAUUAACUAACCCUGGUGGAGCUACUGUGAUUUCAACAAUUAAUCGAUCUCUGAGAUCAUUUGCAAUUGCCAUUGUUUUAGCAGAGUACCUUCUCCGUUUGCUUCCCAAAGGCACGCAUCAAUGGUCAAGUUUCGUUACUCCUGCAGAGCUGGAACUGAUGCUACGACGUGCUUCAAUCAACGUUCAAGAAACGGCUGGAUUAGUUUACAACCCCUUCACUGGACGAUGUUCUCUAUCUGAUGAUAUCAGUGUAAAUUUCAUCGUCUUUGGUACCGAAAAUAGCCAAUAAAGGCAACUUUGCUUGUACUUUUUAACUUUCUGAAGUGUAAUUUCUUCAAACUUUGUUUUUGUUAUAAAGCAAACGUCAUAAUAGAAAGCAAAUAUAAUCCCA